AUGAAAAUAAAACCAAACGUUUCCACCGACCCUGCAAACGCCCCCCCCCCCCCAACACCCCCCAGCACCUCCGGCAAAGGCUUUCCUUCUUCAGAAGACCUGGAAACUUCUGGCAAUAGAAGGCAACGUCCACUCUCUGCAGCUGGGGGCCGACCUGGCGCUGCAGGGCGGGUCCCCAGCCGCGGGGCGACCUGGUCCCCGACUUUCCCCUCCCGCAUCCUGGACCCGCAGCAGCCGACCCCGCCUACCUGUUGUGCGGAGGGAGAAACCCGCCACGCCGCAGUCAGCCCCCAUGUCCCGUCUGCAUUUGCAGCCGGGACCCUGACCCCCUCGACUGGGUCCCACCCGGGCCGGGUCCUCAGCCUCCGCACCGCGCCCACCCCGGUCCCGCGCCACCCCGCUCCAGCCGCCCCUCCCCAGCCCCUAAGCACGCCGCCCUCAGCCUCCUCUCCGCGUCUCCCAGCUUGCCUGCAGAGACGCCCUGGGCUCACACCUGUCCCGGCUGUGCCACGUUACGGGCUCCGCGACAGCACAGCGGCACCCGGCUCACCGCCGGCGACUGGAGCGGGGAGAGCGGGCGGGGCUGACAGCACGGCGGGAGCGGCCAUUGGGAGCGGCCGGCCCCUCCCGCGCCCAGGCUGGCCAGCCGCCCGCCGAGCCAGAGAGCGCAUACUGUGGCAGGCAUGA